CUCACAAUCGUUUGUUUUUUUUUGCAGUGCGCUUCGGUCUUGUUUUCGUGUCCGCUUUCGGCGCUGCCUUCGUAUGUUUGCCUCCUUUUCGCAGCCUGUUUUGUUUAACAAACAGUAACAAGUUUUCGAGAGUGCAAUACAAGUGCAAUAUUAAUUAAGUAAUAAUAAAAGAAACGUAUGUGCAUAAAUGUAUAUCGAGUGCAUAUGUCUGCAAUACAAACGAAUGACCAUGUUAUAGCCACACAAAAUAUAAAACAAAAACCAUAAAACGCCCACCUCCUAUACCAACCCCCGCCCCCACCCCCAACAAAAAAACAAAAUAAAACUAAAAUCUGCGAAACCUUCGACACUCAUUGAGUUUUACUGUACUUGAAAAAUGGACUGUGCCACGCGAAAACAACAACAAUUACGGGCACAUCAUCAGCAGCAACAAAUACAAAGACACACACACGGACGAAAGCGGCGGCGAUUACAACAACAAGAACAACAACAGCAGAGCCACCACUACCACCAGCAACAACAACACGUGUGGCUUGUUGUUGGCAUUUUGACAAUUUUUUUGACUCAGCACACAAAUGCAGCUGAGCUGGUGAUUAAUGUGCCAAAUGCGAGCAGCAACGACAAUGCCUUCUACAGGAUCGACUACAGUCCGCCCUUUGGCUUUCCGGAGCCGAACACCACGAUCCCGGCCAGCGAGAUUGGCAAGGACAUCAAGUUCUCCAGAGCUCUGCCGGGCACGGAGUACAACUUUUGGCUGUACUAUACCAAUUCCACGCAUCAGGAGCUGCUCACCUGGACGGUGAACAUAACAACAGCUCCCGAUCCGCCAGCCAACCUGAGCGUCCAGCUGCGCUCCAGCAAGAGUGCCUUCAUAACGUGGCGACCCCCGGGAACGGGUCGCUACUCGGGCUUUCGGAUCCGGGUGCUGGGCCUCACGGAUCUGCCCUUCGAGCGCAGCUACUCGCUGGACGGCAACGAGACGCUGCAGCUGUCGGCCAAGGAACUCACUCCCGGCGGCAGCUACCAGGUGCAGGCCUACUCCGUCUACCAGGGCAAGGAAUCGGUGGCCUACACGAGUCGCAACUUCACCACAAAACCCAACACUCCCGGCAAGUUCAUCGUGUGGUUCCGGAAUGAGACCACACUGCUGGUGCUGUGGCAACCGCCCUUCCCCGCCGGGAUCUAUACCCACUACAAGGUCUCCAUAACGCCGGACGAUGCCAUCCAGAGUGUGCUCUAUGUGGAGCGGGAGGGCGAACCACCAGGACCUGCCCAGGCGGCCUUCAAAGGUCUUGUUCCCGGCCGGGAAUACAAUAUAUCGGUGCAAACGGUGUCCGAGGAUGAGACGUCAUCGAUCCCGACCACAGCCCGAUAUCUCACAGUACCGGAACGUGUUCUAAACGUCACCUUCGACGAGGCCUUCACCACAUCGAGUUCCUUUCGGGUGCGAUGGGAACCACCGCGUACCUAUAGCGAAUUCGAUGCCUACCAGGUGAUGCUCUCGACUUCGAGGAGGAUAUUUAAUGUACCACGCGCAGCGGAAGGUGAACCAGUUUACUUCGACUAUCCGGAUGUCCUGGAGCCGGGUCGCACCUACGAAGUGGUGGUCAAGACGAUUGCGGAUAAUGUGAACUCUUGGCCAGCCAGUGGAGAGGUCACCCUGCGUCCACGACCCGUUCGCGGUCUGGGCGGAUUCCUCGACGAUCGCAGCAAUGCUCUGCACAUAUCCUGGGAACCGGCGGAAACGGGGCGACAGGAUGCCUACAGAAUAAGCUACCACGAGCAGACGAACGCAAGCGAAGUUCCAGCUCUGUUUCCCGUGGCCACGGAAUCCCAGAUCACCACGAAUCUCACGGAGUACACCCUGGACUCUCUGCUGGCAGGGCGUCGCUACCUGAUCGCCGUGCAGGCCCUGUCCAAGGGAGUGGCCUCCAAUGCCAGCGACAUCACCAGAUACACACGCCCAGCGGCACCUCUCAUCCAGGAGCUGAAGAGCAUCGAGCACGGCCUGAUGCUCAGCUGGCGCAGUGAUGUGAACUCUCGACAGGAUCGCUACGAGGUGCACUACCAGCGGAAUGGGACGCGCGAGGAGCGCACCAUGGCCACCAACGAGACGAGCCUGACCAUCCACUACCUGCAUCCCGGUUCCGGUUACGAGGUGAAGGUGCACGCCAUAAGCCACGGCAUACGCAGCGAGCCACACUCCUACUUCCAGGCAGUCUUUCCCAAACCGCCGCAGAAUCUGACCCUGCAGACGGUGCAUACGAAUCUGGUGGUGCUCCGCUGGCAGCCGCCGGAGAACAGCGACUUUGGCGAGUAUGUGGUGCGCUAUCGCACGGAUGCCUCUCCCUGGCAGCGGAUAUCCGGCCUGCACGAGAACGAGGCCAGGAUCGAGGACAUGCACUACGGGGAGCGCUACCUGGUGCAGGUGAACACCGUGAGCUUUGGCGUCGAGAGUCCCCAUCCUCUCGAGCUGAAUGUGACGAUGCCGCCGCAACCGGUGUCCAAUGUGGUUCCCCUGGUGGACUCGCGUAAUCUCACCCUGGAAUGGCCGCGACCCGAUGGUCAUGUGGAUUUCUACACCCUUAAGUGGUGGCCCACCGACGAUGCGGACCGUGUGGAGUUCAAGAAUGUCAGCCAACUGGAGGACUUAAGCUCGCCCAGUGUUCGGAUUCCCAUCGAGGAUCUGUCGCCAGGUCGGCAGUAUCGCUUCGAGGUGCAGGCCAGUUCCAAUGGCAUUCGUUCCGGAACCACCCAUCUCUCCACGCGCACCAUGCCACUGAUCCAGUCCGAUGUGUUUAUCGCCAACGCCGGUCACGAACAGGGUCAGGAUGAGACGGUGACCCUGAGCUACACACCCACUCCGGCGGACAGCACUCGCUUCGAUAUCUACCGCUUCUCGAUGGGCGAUCCCAAGAUCAAGGACAAGGAGAAGCUGGCCAACGACACGGAGCGCAAGUUGAGCUUCACGGGCCUGACGCCCGGCAAGCUGUACAACGUGACCGUGUGGACAGUGAGUGGAGGAGUGGCCAGUUUGCCGGUGCAACGGCUGUACCGCCUGCAUCCGCUGCCCAUCAGUGAUCUGAAGGCCGUCCAGGUGGCGGCUCGUGAGAUCACACUACGUUGGGAGCCUCCUGCUGGGGAGUAUACCGAUUACGAGCUGCAGUACCUCAGUGCAGAUGAGGAGGCACCUCAGCUGCUCCAGAAUGUGACCAAGAAGUCGGAAAUUACGCUGCAGGGCUUGCGUCCGUAUCACAACUACACAUUCACGGUGGUGGUGCGUGCUGGAUCCACGCAGGGCACCGAUUUAGAUGUCUCCGGCAGCACCCUAAUGCGCAGCAGUGCUCCCAUCUCGGCCAGCUAUCAAACGCUGGCCGCUCCGCCCGGCAAAGUGGACUAUUUCCAACCAAGUGACGUGCAACCCGGCGAGGUGACCUUCGAGUGGAAUCUGGAGCCGGGCGAACAGCAUGGACCCAUUGAUUAUUUUCGCAUAACCUGCCAGAAUGCCGACGAUGCAGCGGAUAUAACAAGCUUCGAAUUCCCAACGAAUGCGACGCAGGGCAGGAUUGGCGGCUUGGUGCCCGGCAACCAAUACAUAUUCCGUAUACAAGCCAAGUCGUCUUUGGGCUUUGGCGCCGAGAGGGAGCACAUCCAAGUGAUGCCCAUCCUAGCGCCUCCUGUCCCGGAACCGAGUGUCACACCCCUGGAGGUCAGCAGAACGAGUAGCACCAUAGAGAUCAGUUACCGGCAAGGCUACUUUUCCAAUGCACACGGCAUGGUGAGAUCCUACACGAUAAUUAUAGCCGAAGAUGUGGGCAAGAAUGCGUCGGGCCUGGAGAUGCCUAGCUGGCAGGAUGUGCAGACAUACACGGUGUGGUUGCCCUACCAGGCCAUAGAGCCAUACAAUCCAUUCCUCACCAGCAAUGGCAGUCGGAGGAACACCCUAGAGGCAGAGCACUUUACGAUAGGAUCGGCAAGCUGCGACAAACACCAGACGGGCUAUUGCAAUGGUCCGCUGAGGGCUGGUACGACCUACAGGAUUAAGGUGCGCGCCUUUACGGACGAGGAUAAGUUCACGGAUACGGCGUACAGUUCACCGAUAACCACGGAACGCAGUAACACGGUCAUAGUGGCCAUGAUGGCCAUCGCGGUCGUGGGGCUGGUGGUAGUGGGGCUGUUUGUCGUUUACUUCCUGCACCGCUGCCAACCGAUCCGCCGUGCCUCCAAGCUGGCCCGCAUGCAAGAUGAGCUGGCCGCCAUGCCCGAGGGCUAUGUGACGCCCAAUCGUCCAGUGCAUGUGAAGGAUUUCGCCGAGCAUUUCCGCCUCAUGUCGGCUGAUUCGGAUUUCCGUUUCAGCGAGGAGUUCGAUGAGCUGAAGCAUGUGGGCCGCGAUCAGGCCUGCAGCUUCGCCAAUCUGCCCUGCAAUCGUCCCAAGAAUCGAUUCACCAACAUCCUGCCCUACGAUCACUCGCGCUUCAAGCUCCAGCCCGUCGACGAUGACGAUGGUUCGGAUUACAUUAAUGCGAACUACAUGCCGGGACACAAUUCGCCGCGCGAGUUCAUCGUCACCCAGGGUCCGCUGCACUCGACUCGCGAGGAAUUCUGGCGGAUGUGCUGGGAGAGCAACUCGCGGGCCAUCGUCAUGCUGACGCGGUGCUUCGAGAAGGGUCGCGAGAAGUGCGAUCAGUACUGGCCCGUGGAUCGGGUGGCCAUGUUCUACGGGGACAUCAAGGUGCAGUUGAUUAUCGACACGCACUUCCACGACUGGAGCAUAUCAGAGUUUAUGGUCUCAAGGAACUGCGAAUCGCGAAUAAUGCGACACUUCCACUUCACCACAUGGCCGGACUUUGGUGUUCCAGAGCCUCCACAAUCGCUGGUGCGCUUCGUGCGCGCCUUCCGCGAUGUCAUCGGCACGGAUAUGCGGCCCAUUAUCGUCCAUUGUAGCGCGGGAGUGGGCAGAUCGGGCACGUUCAUAGCCCUGGACCGCAUCCUGCAGCACAUUCACAAGUCAGACUAUGUGGACAUCUUUGGCAUCGUGUUCGCCAUGCGAAAGGAGCGCGUUUUCAUGGUGCAGACGGAGCAGCAGUACGUGUGCAUCCAUCAGUGUCUGCUGGCGGUGCUCGAGGGCAAGGAGCAUCUGCUGGCCGAUUCGCUGGAGCUGCAUGCCAAUGAUGGCUACGAAGUGACUAAAAUUUACUUAGAGCGCCAGCCGCAAACGAAAAUGGGAACCUUGCCCAUUCGAGCCUCUUUGGCCAGGGCCGAGGAACUGGAUGCGGAUUUAAUGGCCGACCAGGAUCAGGAGCAGCAGAAGCACCUGACCAAGGAUGAGAAGCAGCUCAAGGCCAGCGAAGAUGACGAUGAAGAGGAUGAGGAUGAGGAGUUGGACGAUGAUGACCAGCAGCCGUUGAACAAUGAGACGACUGCCACCUUAUCCUCGGCCAGCUGUGGCAGCAGCAACCAGGAUGUGCAUGUGGAUCUCCAGGUGGCCAUGGAAAAGCCCAAGCUAGAGAAGGAAAAAUGCAGGAAAAUCUGCACUGGCUCAAAGUCCCAAUCGGACACUGAAACGGAUGACGAUGAUGAGGAUGAGGAUGGGAAGGUGGCCAAGGAUGGGGCUGUCGCCGAUGAGGAUGGCUGGUGGUAUUGAUAGAAAAGUCUACUUUUUUUCUAGAUGACGAGGGCAUAGCUGAGACGGGAAUCUGAGGAUGCUUGCUGCGGGAACAUCUACAUAUGAUAUAUAUAUAGUACCUAUAGUUAUUUUUUUUACAUAUACUGUACGUAAAAUCUGCCUGUGAUGUGCUGGAUGUGAUUUGUCUACUGAAAAUGGCACUCGGAGUUGCUGUCAAAUGAGUUGAGUUUGUGGCCCUCAUCCCGUAUCUCUGGAGGAUCGGAUCGGAUCGGAUCGGACUGGUGGAAAUCGGACUGCCGGGAUGAAGGGCCCGCGUUUUGGCCUGUGCCAUUUAUGCGAGUACGCCGUACCGCCUGUUUGCCAUAGAGCUAAGCUAGCUAGCCCGCUUAUUUAAUGUAAUGCCGCCAAAUUAGACCAAACCAACAAGAGCGUAAACUUAAGCUUCAGGUGUAAUAAUCUAUUACCUAUUUUUGUAUCUGUCCCUGUACCUAUAUUACCUGUAUUACCUAUUAUCCUUUGCUCUGUCGUGUUGUGUAUAGAUUUGUACAUUUGUUUCCAUUUAGUGUGCGCGUCGAUCGAUAUUAUGACUAUGUUUACUAUUACUACUAUUACUAUUACUCUAAACGAUUGUGUAUUAUUUUUAUUAUAUAGUCUAGUUACGUUUUAUCGAUAGACUUUAGUCCAUGAUUAGUCAGCGAAAUGUUGGCUCUAACUGCAUGCAAGCCUUCCAUUUGCAUUUUGGCCAUUAAUGUCUCGAAAUAAAUGGGCGAUUCCAUAACCAUUAUCUGGCAAAGUAGCAAUCGCAAUUGUAACAUUGUGCAGUUAAA